GUACCUAAAUUAACUCUAGCAUGUUGGAACAUCAGAACCAUGCUCGAUUCUGCGGGUAGCGGAUGUCCUGACCAACGUUCUGCCCUAAUUGCCCAUGAACUGGCUCGUCUCAACAUCGACAUUGCUGCUUUCAGUGAAGUUUGCCUUCACGAGGAAGGAAGCCUCAGAGAACAUGGUGCCGGUUACACACUCUUUUGGUCAGGCAAGCCCAGAACCGAAAAACAUCUCUCAGGUGUCGGCUUCAUGAUUAAAAACUCUAUUCUUCCCAAACUCAAAAAUCUGCCGACAGGUCACUCUGACCGCAUUAUCUCCCUGCGCCUUCCACUCCACGACAAUCAACACGUUGUCCUCUUUAGUAUAUAUGCCCCAACUCUCCAAGCCGACCCUGCCAAAAAAGAUAAAUUUUACACCGACCUGCGCCGCCUUACCCAAAAGGUGCCUGCAGAUGAUAAGAUCAUUAUCCUUGGUGAUUUCAACGCCAGAGUAGGUAAGAAUUUUGAAGCCUGGAAAGGAAUAUUAGGCAAGCAUGGUGUUGGAAACUGCAACGAUAAUGGUCAACUUCUGCUAGAAUUCUGUGCGGAGCAACAGCUCACUGUCACUAAUAUUAUCUUCCAGCAGAAAGAUAGUCUGAAGACAACCUGGAUGCACCCCAGAUCUAAGCAUUGGUACCUCAUCGAUUAUGUCUUGGUGCGACGAAAAGAUGUCCGCGAUGUCCUCCAUACCGGCGAUCACAAAAGGAGCUACCAGGGCAGGCCAGAUGCCUUCUGGGAUAAUUUGCAUUGGCUUUAUGAGAUUCAUGGAGGCUCUUGGGAAGCAGAAGAAGUGGAACUGACUUGCAGCUAG